CAACACUGAAAGUACGUAUUCACAACAGUCACAACAACAUGUAGUUGGAGUAUAAGGAUUAAAAGGAAAAUGUGAAAGUGAGAGAACGUUAGAGAAGUUUCUGGGAACACUUGAACUUGAAGAAAAUUGACUAGAUACAGGUAUCUGUGGGACAAAAUAAGCUGACAAUGGAAGUGUAUGACAAUGAGUCUGGUGUCUGUUUGUCUGUUGAUUUAACUAUAAAGCAUUACUACCUUCCUGCUAUGUAUGGGAUUAUAUUUGUGGUUGGAUUUACUGGAAAUCUCAUGGCCAUCAUAACCUACGUGGUCAAGCUGAGGCCUUGGAAGAGUGGGAGCAUCAUUAUGGUGAAUCUGGCAGUAGCUGACUUGCUGUACGCUCUCAGCUUACCUUUCCUGGUUAAUUUCUACAUCACCAGGAACUGGAUGCUGGGAGAGUUCAUGUGCCGCCUCCUCCGCUUCUGCUUCCACUUUAACCUGUACGGCAGCAUCCUCUUCCUUACUUGUCUCAGUGUCUUCCGUUAUGUGGUGGUGGUGCACCCACUUCGAGCAGCUCAGGUCCAAAGGGCGUGCUGGGGCGUCUCUGCCUGCUUGGCCAUUUGGGCUAUCUCCUUGCUGGAGAUUGGCCCAAUGCUCAGCAUGAUCACAACCCAGAAAGAUGGUAACACCACAGACUGCUUGGACUUUGCCAGCAAUGACCCAGAGACGGUGUGGUGGUAUGGCUGGCUACUGAGCGUGCUGGGCUACUUGCUGCCUCUAGUUGUAGUGUGUUGGUGUUACACACAUAUCAGGGGUGCACUGGGCAAAAGCCUUUCAGCAUCUAGGCCCAGCCGGGUGCGAGCCCACAGACUCACAGUGAUGAUCUUGACUGUGUUUGUCAUGUGUUUCCUGCCUUAUCACAUACUGAGGGUGCUGAGAGUGGACAGUCUGAGGAGCAAUGUGACAUCCUGUUUGCAAAAGAAAAUCAUCAAUGAUGUCUACACACUGUCACGGCCCCUGGCAGGCCUUAACACCUUCUUCAAUCUGGCACUCUUCACCUUGGCCGGAGACAAGUUCCAGCAGGCUUUCUACAGCCUGAUAUCCAGAAGGAAACCUACCAUCAGCAAGGUGACUGUUAUCUGCUGAAGAGCUGAGAAUAGGCCUCUGUGGACUCUUCAUUUUACUUAAUCUACAUUACAUAGCUCUAUAUCUGAAUUGCAUUUACAGUACAGACAGAGAACUGACUUUUACUUGAGUUCAAACUGAAGCUGUGUGAAAGCAAGAAGCAUUCUGGCAGAAAAGAUUACUGUUACUAUAUCACAAAGAGUUAAGCUGAGUUUGAGCUCGUAUGUCAAAGAUUCAAAAUGCACUGUUAGGGUAAUUACUGUGGACAAUAAUUUCAACAUUUGUGAUGAGAAAAAAAACAAACCUUAUAAUAGAAGUUUAAGAGCCGUUGUUGGGGCAGUCGUUAAACAUUUAGGUAAAACACAUAUUGAUGUAUUAGCACUGAAUCAAGCAUAGAAUUCAUAAAAUUCAAGCACUUCUAUCAUGCAAUAUGAGGUAAUUUGCUAACUUGUGCUAAGUGUGUUAAGUAAAAAAGGAAGUCAUUUUCAGGGAAUGGGGAGUAAAUAAGGUUUUUUCCUGUUUUGUUCAGUUAGUAAGAACAUUUUGUCUUUUCUCUGUUUAGGUCACAUUAAUAUUUAUUAAUAAUCAAUAAUAAGACUAAAUAAACACCAGAUGAUUUAAAUCAUUGGUAAUAUCACAUACUUCAGGUCUAUAUAUCUAUUUCUUAACUGUCCUGAUAAUUUAACACAAUGAGAGCAUAUAUAAUGAUAAUUAAAUUUGUCCAAGUACAGGGCUCUGUAGUAUAGCCUAAAUAAUAUCAUGCUUUCUAGAGAUAUAUUCAUCUAAAGUAGCUAAAUAUAUAUUUUUUCUCCACUAAAAAAUGUAGGGCAAUUACCAGUCUUUGUUUGCUUUUUUUUUUACUGGGUUUUUCAUUGGGAACACCUUUUUUUACAG